CCGAGCGCAGCCUGCUGGGGAGGAAGGCGGCGGCUCGCGUCCUGCGGGCCGCCGGAGCCGGGAGGAGACCAUGUCCGGGAAGUACCGUCAGAUCUCCACGACCGAGCGCGUCAUCAAAGCUGUCCCUUUUCCUCCAACGCAGCGGCUAACUUUGAAGGAACUAUUUGAGAAUGGGAAACCUAAAAUGGAAGUUUUGAAGAACCAUUUGUUAAAAGAAGGUCGAGUGGAAGAAGAGGCAGCCUUAAAGAUAAUCAGUGACGGGGCUGCCAUCCUGAAGCAAGAGAAGACUGUGAUAGACGUGGAGGCUCCAAUCACAGUGUGUGGUGACGUCCAUGGACAGUUCUUUGACCUGAUGAAGUUGUUUGAAGUUGGGGGAUCACCUAGUAACACUCGCUACCUCUUUCUGGGUGACUAUGUGGACAGAGGCUAUUUCAGUAUAGAGUGUGUGCUGUAUCUAUGGAGUUUAAAGAUUAACCAUCCUAAAACAUUUUUUCUGCUUCGAGGAAAUCAUGAAUGCAGGCAUCUUACAGAGUACUUCACCUUUAAACAGGAAUGUCGGAUCAAGUAUUCAGAACUGGUGUACGAAGCGUGUAUGUACACUUUUGACUGUCUUCCUCUUGCUGCUCUCUUAAACCAACAGUUUCUCUGUGUACAUGGAGGAAUGUCACCUGAAAUUAAUAGUAUAGAUGAUAUUAGGAAAUUAGACAGGUUUAUGGAGCCCCCUCCUUUUGGGCCGCUGUGUGACCUGCUCUGGUCUGACCCCACAGAGGAUUACGGCAGUGAGAAGACUGUGGAUCACUACACCCACAACACUGUCCGUGGCUGCUCCUACUUCUUCAGUUACCCUGCAGUUUGUGAAUUUUUACAGCACAACAGUUUAUUGUCAAUAAUCAGAGCCCAUGAAGCCCAGGAUGCUGGGUACCGAAUGUACAGGAAGAGCCAGACCACUGGCUUUCCAUCACUCAUUACGAUUUUCUCUGCCCCCAAUUACCUAGAUGUCUAUAACAAUAAAGCUGCAGUGUUGAAAUAUGAAAGCAAUGUCAUGAACAUCAGGCAGUUUAACUGUUCUCCACACCCCUACUGGCUCCCAAACUUCAUGGAUGUUUUCACGUGGUCUUUGCCUUUUGUUGGAGAAAAAGGCGCUCCAUAUCGAAAAGAAAUCAUCAAGAAUAAAGUCAGAGCCAUUGGGAAAAUGUCACGGGUCUAUUCAGUUCUUCGGGAAGAGAGUGAGAGAGUGCUGACCCUCAAGGGUCUUACUCCUACAGGCACACUCCCAUUGGGGGUCCUCUCUGGAGGAAGGCAUACCAUUGAGAAUGCCACACUACAAGCGGCAACGGCACAGGAAGCCAUGAAAGGACUUAAGGUCCGAACUUUUGAAGAAGCCCGAGGUCUAGACCGAAUUAAUGAGAAAAUGCCACCCCGAAAAGAGGGUGUGUUUCCUGAUGGGCCAGCGAAGACGGUACAUUCACAAGCAGUGCGAAGGAGCGACCAAAGAAAGAAAGCCCUGUAAUGACUCAGCGCUCUGGGCAGCACUAUGGGCCCCAACCCUGCAAACAAAUCAUAUUUAUUUAUUCUUGGAAACGAAACAGAAACAACGAGAACAGCUUAAACUUGGAAGUGCAUUUGUAAUUCAGUCGCAUUUAUUCUGUAAGAAAGAUGACAAUUUUAUAAAUUCUUCUAAUUUAUGUUCACUAUAUAUAAAAAGUACUUCUGUUUUGUUCCCUG